CGAUAGUGGGGUCGCGACUUUUCGAACUUCAACGUUUCUCCCAUGUCUCACUCGCUAUUACUUAACGACAUCCAGCACAUGAAUGAUCUUUGUACAUAACCUACACAUCGACAGUCAUUACUCACAAGAGACGUCACCAAGAUAAGGAUCACACUUAAUUCAUCAAAACAACGAUAUCCUUUUCUUUGCGGCAGUCAUCCAGCCUCGUCAAAACACAACACACGUUAGACCUUCAACCUCGGCUGAAAGUACACAGAAGCUACAGUCACUUUCAUCAAGAGGCGUCUCAAGUCUUACUUCUGUGACUGAUUGUUUCCAUAACAACACCGAUCAUGACAGACACUACGCGCUGGAAAGCCACCGUCCACAUUCGCGGUCUUGCACCCGCCGUGACGACAGCCACCAUUCACGACGCCUUCAUUCCUUUUGGCGAGAUCGCCGAUAUCUCGCUGCCCAAGAAUGAGAAGCCCGACUCAACGGAUCCGCACAGGGGCUUCGCCUAUGUCGAGUACGAGGAUGAAGAAGACGCUAAAGAGGCCAUUGACAACAUGGACCAGUCCGAGCUGUUUGGCAGAGUAAUCAGGGUCUCGGCGGCAAAGAUCCCUAAGAGCGCGAAAGAAGGGUUGGGAUCCAAGACUGCCGUUUGGGAGCAGGAAGGAUGGCUGGCUGAGAAUGCCGUCAGUGAGGAGGAUCGUUUGGCUGCUACUGCGCCUGAUGACCCUAUGCAGGGCCUCGAGGGGCUAGAUGUGGCUGGACCGAAACCGCAAUAAAAUCGGUCAUUGCUUGGUCCGUCUUCAGCAAAUGGACUCUCCCCGGCAAGGGUCGGGGGGAGAGAAGCGAGUUUCUGUGUUGAUACCCGGAAAGAAAAGCAUUGCAUGGCUAGGGCGUUAAAUGGCAUCAUUGGGACUUGGGUGUAUUUUUGGAAAGUGUAUCACAUUCUGUUGGUUCUUUUUUACCAUUAGACAUCAAAAUCGACAAGGUCACUCGGACACCACUUCGGGAGCCCUCACUUGGACAGAAAUGACAGCCAUCAUCACCCG